GAACCAACCUCAACAACUACCACAGAAACCAAUAAAACCACCGCAACACCUACAACAGAAAGCAAAGCCAGUGAAAUGACCACAGCACAUACAUUAGAAAAAAGUGAAAACACCUCAACACCUACCAGGGAAGCCAGUGAAACCAACUCAACACCUACCACAGAAGCCAGCCAAGCCACUUCAACACCCACCAUAGGAACUAUUGAAAACACCUCAACACCUACCACAGAAACCAGCAAAACCACCUCAACACCUACCACAGAACCCACCAAAACCACCUCAACAAGCAAAACCACCUCAACACCUACCACAGAAACCAGCAAAACCACCGCAACACCUACCACAGGAGCCAGUGAA